GCGCGCGGCGGCAUGGCGCUGGAGGCGGUGCGCUACUCGCGGGGCUCGCUGCAGAUCCUCGACCAGCUGCUGCUGCCGCAGCGCAGCCGCUACGAGGCGGUGGGCUCGGUGCGCCAGGCCUGGGAGGCCAUCCGCGCCAUGAAGGUGCGCGGCGCGCCCGCCAUCGCGCUCGUGGGCUGCCUCAGCCUCGCCGUGGAGCUGCAGGCCGGCGCGGGGGGCCCGGGGCUCGCCGCGCUCGUGGCCUUCGUGCGCGACGCGCUGAGCUUCCUGGUCACCGCCCGGCCCACCGCCGUCAACAUGGCCCGCGCCGCGCGCGACCUGGCCGACGCCGCCGCCCGCGAGGCCGAGCGGGAGGGCGCCACGGAGGAGGCGGUCCGCGAGAGAGUGAUCCGCUGUGCCGAGGACAUGCUGGAGAAGGACCUCAGGGACAAUCGGAGCAUCGGGGACCUGGGAGCCCGCCACCUCCUGGAGCGGGCAGCCCCCGGGGGCGGGAAGGUGACCGUGCUGACCCACUGUAACACCGGGGCACUGGCCACCGCAGGCUAUGGCACAGCCCUAGGUGUGAUCCGCUCGCUGCACAGCCUGGGCCGCCUGGAACACGCCUUCUGCACGGAGACCCGGCCCUACAACCAGGGCGCCCGGCUCACGGCCUUCGAGCUGGUCUACGAGCAGAUCCCUGGCACACUCAUCGCCGACAGCGUGGCGGCCGCCGCCAUGGCGCACCGGGGCGUGUCAGCCGUCGUCGUGGGAGCCGACCGCGUGGUUGCCAACGGCGACACGGCCAACAAGGUGGGCACCUACCAGCUGGCCAUCGCCGCCAAGCACCACGGCAUCCCCUUCUACGUGGCCGCCCCCAGCUCCUCGUGUGACCUCCGCCUGGAGACGGGCCGGGAGAUUGUCAUCGAGGAGCGCCCGGGCCGGGAGCUGACCGACGUCGGCGGGGUCAGGAUCGCGGCGCCCGGGAUUGGGGUCUGGAAUCCUGCCUUCGAUGUCACCCCUCAUGACCUCAUCACCGGUGGCAUCAUCACAGAGCUGGGCGUCUUUGCCCCCGAGGAGCUCCGGGCAGCCCUGAGUGCCACCGUCUCCUGAGUGGGGAACCCUGGAUGGACCCCAGAAGUCACCAACCCGGCUUUCCAUACCCUGCCCCCUCCCCCCUAUGUUUUUUAAUAAACUUACUGAAUGGCUUGU